AUGGCGACGAGGAUGCGGUUUGAUCUGUUACAGCUUUGUAUUACGUUACUUUACGUUAGAGGCGUUUGUCCUAAAAUCGUAGAAGGAACGUUGAACACGAAAGAAGUAAGAGACUCAUUUGUGUGGUGAAGAAGUUUGAGCUUCUGCCGUAUGUAGUUAAGUCCACUAUUUGUGCUAAUGAUUUUUCCCCGUUUAUUUCCUCUUGACAGGACUGGAGUUUCUUAAGUAGAUUUUGUUAUAAGGAUUCUAUAGGACGUCUAAGAUAUCAUUUUGAAUAUCCCUUGGUAAGUUAGGUUUGGUCAUUUUGUUGAUGUAAGGCUUUUUCGUCUUCUUCUGACCGCAAAUAUAGGUACAUCCGCUCUUUUCCUUGUCUGCUAUCUCAACGUCCACUUGUGGUUGAAUGAGAAUCCCCGAUAAAAUUUUUUUACAAUAACUAACAGAGCUAAAUAAAUGGCUCUAUGUAAGAAACUACACUGUGUUUUCAGAGAAGCUCUACAAAGGUGAAUUAUAUUACGUUCGAGAACACAUGAUCGAAUCAUGGAGAACGGAUAUUAACAUUGCUUCAAACUGAAGUUGUUUAUUUGUUUUUCAGGCAUACGCUACGCAGAAUAUUUUUCUGUAUUUUGACACACAGUGGCCAAAUGUGUACCCUAAACCCGGCAUGGUAAGAUCUUGCUCUCAAAAAGCACUGUUUAUUUUUCCAAGCCCUUUUUUUGUGAUUGCAUGUUUCUGAAUUGAAGCUCAUUGAACUGUGCAUGUUCUCUGAACCCACACUCUGUUAAAGGUUACAUCAAUGCUGUCAUUUCUACUUGUGGCAGAAUACCAUAACUGUCUCAGAAGAUAGGGAAGUUAAAAUAGUGAUCAUAGCUUUGAUCUUUGCUUUAUAUUAUUGCGUCGAAACUUACUUGAAUGUUGAAGAUUCAUAGGGUUAGAUUUAAUACAGGUGCAUACAUGUAUGCUACCAUAUUAACGUAAUCUUAAAACUUCAAAAUGACUCCUGUUCUCUCUUGACGAAGUUUCCUUAUUUUCAUAGCUAACCAAACUGUGAUAAUAUACGCUUAUGUCUUUAACUUCUCUGUCGUUUUAAAUAGUUAUCAUCUUAUGGGCACUAGCACAUGUUUUACUGUUAAAUUAUGUUAAAGCUAGUGAAGUGAAUUUUAGCCAUGUCAUGAUUACAGCCCAGUGUGACGAACAUAGAUGUUAUGGUUCAGUGCAAACCACGCAAGUGAUAUAUUGAUUCUUCCUUAUGCAAUUGUAGAAUGCCUGCCAUUUUCCAUGCUUAACUAAAAAAAGCUGGCUAUAUGGCAAAGUAGGGAAAAAUAUAAUACAAGAAUUAUUUUUCAUAUGUAGCCAUCCAACAAUAUACAAUGUAUCUUGUUGUGAUAAGUAUCAAUAGUUGCAGGACUCCCUCCUAUUAAGUAUAGACAUACAAUAUUGAGGACCCCAUUGAGUCAGCCUAGGAGGGUACUCUAGAUUUCAAGUGAUGGAGAUAACACUGGCAAUUGAAUUGGGGCAAAUAGCAAAACCCCCAAAAAUCCCUGGACCAAAACUUAACUCCCAAAAAAUCCCAUGUAGAAGUCCUAAGCCUCAAGAAUUCACUACAGCAUUAAGGGAAUUUCUACCAAGUUAAGCCUGGGCAUCAACACGGUAGAUAAGAAAUCAACUAAAUAAAUUAAAUACAAUGUACUUGUUUGAUACACCGGGGAGACUUUGCAGAGUAUAAUAAAUUAGGCAGUUUUGCAGAGUCAGAUGUAAUGUAAUGCAUCAACUUAUCAAAACAACUGCAAAACAAGUUUGGUUCUACUUUAUUAGCAGAACAGUGUGUCCAUGAUACACCGACUCCGCCACAAGUCUUUUGAAUAUCUGCUUCUUCUUCUCCUACUUCUGUUAAAACACAUAAAAAUUACUUACCAAAGUUUCCUACCACCCAAGAUGUUAUCCCGCAAUGGAAAACAUUAAACCCCGAAAAUUCUUUAAGCAUCCGCGUUACUAGAAAAUCUGAAGUAAACCCCUGAGAGAAUCUGUAAGUUUUAAGGACUGGGCAUGUAGUAUGUGGAAAUGAUAAUAAUAAUAUUAAUUUUGAAACAAAACCGAAACUUAAAUCGUGGUGAGCUGGCUAAGUGGUACAUGUUGAACAGUAAACAAAUUUUGAUACUGGAAGCCGCAACUGUAGGAAUCUCAAAUGUUGGAUAUAUGGUGUACAAAAGUGUCAUGUCCAAUUCACCAACCACAAACAAAUAAAAUGAUAUUUGUUUUUGUACACUGCAUACAUGUGUAGCUGGUUGUCAAGAAAGCUGCCAGUGUAGCAGUGUACUGUGUGUGCUACUGCUGUCAAGCCAUUUUAACUUUCCUGCAAUGCCUCCCUUUUUAAUCAGCUGAUAGUAAAUACAUUGUACAUGAUAUAAACUGUCCUUUAACGGUAGCAGCUACAAUUAUUUCCUUUGUGAUUGUUAAGUUGAUACUUUACUUACAACUGUAGGGUUAUUUCUUUGGGAAAAUCAAAAUCAAAAACAGGAUUUGAGGUGUUUUGAAUUAAUUCCAAAACUGGAUUCAGUCAAUACAUCUGUCAAACAGUUUUUUGGCUGAAAAUAUGAGGACGGCCAUGUUUAUGACAGUUUGCAACAGGGACUGUUGCUGCCAAACUAAAGAAAUUUGUUCCUUUUGUCAUAAUGAAACUUAAGUCUGGUUUUCACUAGAGACGGAGUUGUAAGCAGAGUCGUAAGAGCACUUAUGACCCAGUGAAAAUCAGAAGUCGGAGUCAUAAGCAGAGUCAUAAGCACGACAGAAUUGGAGUGGGAAAAAUCAGAAUGUUCCAUUUUCUUCCGAUUCCGCUUAUGACUCUGUUGCUUAUGAUCUAGUGAAAACAAGAUUGUCUUGGUCAGAAGCAGAAGCGGAAGAAUAGACCAAUCAAAUUGCUCAUUCUCAUACUUUGUGAUUGGUAAUAGUUCUUCUGCCUCUGCUUGCGACUCUAGUUUUCACUAGAUCGUAAGCGAUGGAGUCGUAAGUGGAGUCAGAACGAUGUUGUCACUAGAUUGUAAAGUUCUACCCGUCUGAUUACAACUCCAACUCUGACUCCAUCAGUAGUGAAAACCAGCCUUAAAGAAUCUGAGAUCAAUAGUAAUUUGAUCUUGGUGUCUCCUAGAGAAACACACCCUAAGUUUUAUGCUUGUCUUUGGUUAAUACAGCCAUGUUUAAUGUUAUGUAUUUGAAAAAAUAAAGGUUACUCCGUUAACAUUAACAUCUGAAUUACCUAUACUGCCCCAGGAGAAACAAACUUCCUUUAUGAUACCCUAGGGGUAUAAUAAUAACCUUUCCGUAAUUAUUAUAGAGUAUUGUGUGUUUUCAUCUCAAGUUGCCUGAUGGGCGAGCAUAAUGGUUCUUGAUCUUUUCAAAUAAUUAUCACGCUUCCUAAUCUAUUAUUUUCAAUUCAUUUUCUACAGAAAUGCAUCGAUAGAGAAGACAAGGUGUAUAGAGGAAAUAAUCAAGUUAUCAAUCUUACAACAAAUUACAUAUGGUCAGGAUGCAUUGAGAAGGAAGUGCUGGGAGAAAAAUACCUAGUUUGUGAUGGUAAGAAGAUUGGUGUUUCUACUCUAUACUAAUUAAUUAUUAAUUAUCUGUCUGGGAUAUGCCACAAAAUGAUCUUAUGGACAUGCUCUCUCAAAUCAUAAAUGCCUAAUAAACGCCCUUCCUAUGUUUUUAAGUUUGUAUUAGACGUACUCUCUCUCUAUUAAAUACCCCCCAAGUCUAGUAGAUGCCCCACAAAUGGGAAUAUAGAGCAAAAGCAUUUAAUUCUUUACUCAGUUUUUUGCUUGAUCUACAAGAGUUUGUGCUUUGCAUCUUGUUCAAUGUCAAGUUCAUAGUGAGGAUUCUGACAUUAAAGUUGAGAUUUAAAAGAAGGAUGUGAAUCUGAAAAUGGUUUAGCUGUGUCUGAAUGUAUCAAUUAUUGAUGGACUGGAUAUUCUGCUUUUUAUAAAUCGUGGUGAUAUAUUUGCCAAAAGCAUAUUAGUUUUGUGGAGUUUGUUACAGCUAUGACGCUAAAUGCCUCUCUCAUUUAAACGUCUCCUUUCUAUUCAACGCCGCCACUUGGGCUCCUAAAAUUAAAAUAAUAGAUGCCCUGGGUGUCUAUUAGAUGAUUUACCAUCACUUUUAAACACCCUAUUUGGCUAACAGUUUGAUUAGGUAAUACCGCCACAUGGUUAGUUUUGGUUGGGUCCUUGAUUGUGAAGUAGUUUAAGGCCUGUGUUAAAUUCCCAGGUUGAACAAGACUGGACUCAGGUUAAGUUCUUUUAAAAAUAAGUGAGGAGAAAGUAUUUGCUUUGCUUUGCCAUCUGUACAUGGUCAGACUAGUUUGAUAAGGGCAAAAAAAACAUAGACCCCAUCUCAAAGUAUUCUCUAAAAUCUGAUAAACCUGUGGGGUCUAGGGUGUGAACUAAGCACCAGGGACAAAACCCUAGCAGUGACAAUCACCCCUCAAAUUCGCAAGUGCAUCUCGAAUUCACAGUAGAGAACCUUAUAAUUUCUCAUUAGAUCAUGAAUUUUUUAUGCACAAUUAGUACGUAAGAUUGUUGACAUUUACCACAUUAAGCAAGGCUGCUUAUAGCAGUUACAUAGUAAAUUUCAAUUUAUUGCAGCUGUGGCCAUGGGUUUAAACUUGGAUGGUGGAGGGGAGGGGGGAGGAUUUGUUGGCAGGUGUUGUUCACCAAAGUGGAACCAAAGAUGACACUAUUGAAAACUGACAUGCCUUUUUCUUGCAUUUUAGUCUUCUAUUGCAUGGCUCUAUAUUUUGCAGCCCAUUGCAUGGGAUGGUAGCAGAUUAGAAUUUAUAAUAUUAUUAUUUUAUGAAUUAAUAUGCACAAAACUGGGAAUAGGUAGACUAAAUAGCAGCUAAAAAUACCUGGGUAGUUAAUAAGUUUUAUGUUGGAUUAAGUUUUAUCUCCUUCAUCUGAGUAAAAUCUUGUGUACUUCUUAGCUGCCUUCUAGUUUUGUGUUAAUCAUAACAAAACUGGUUUGUUUGGCCAAGUUCAUGUUUCAGCCCAAGCUGAAAAGGGAAUUAAGCAGUAAGGUUUUUUUUAUCCCAUUUAAUCACUGACAGGUGAAGACCCUAGCCCCUUUACCACAAACCAGACUUAAACUACCCUAUGAACAGAAGUUUCUUUCUGGCAUGGCUUCUGGCAUUCACAAAGUUGUUUGCUUGGCUUGUCAAUUGUGUAGUUUCUCUCUGGAGCAUAAAAAAACAACGAAGCGACUGACAAGCCACGUGGAUGACUUCAUAAAAGCUAAAAGCCAUGCUAGGAAGAAAGCUCUGCUCACAGGGUAGACUUAAACUUGUCUUGCUUAAUAUUGCAAAUUUCUUAAAUGAGGCAUUUUUCCAAUGAGGCAGGCUGCGGUUUCAGCUUGCGCUGAAAUUCGGUAAUUGACUGGUUUACUGAUAUUUUUACUUGCUCCUUAGGCGAUCGACGUUUUAAGUCAGAUCGUGAGAGAUGGUGGUAUAUAGCUGUGAGUAACUGUGAAACCACAAAGGUAUGAAAAAGAACCUGAAAAAUUUUGAGCUUUGGUGGAUUAGCAUUUUCAUGAACAGCUACAUCUCUCAUCGCCCCUUGCUGCUGGGAACAUUUUGUCAGAAGGGAUAUCUGCGCCUCAGCAACAGAAAUUCUGUACUGAUGACAUAAAUGAAUGUUCGCAUACACCUGUAAUAAAUCCAGUUGCCAUGGGGUUCCAGAUGUAAAUUUGUUUGAUUUUAUGACUUUUAUGUUUCUCCUGGUUGAUUAAGUUUUGUGCUCUUCGGGGAACGAGCUCCAGUAAAACUUAAAUGCUUCUUCUAAAGAACAAUACAUGUAUAUGUUACAGGUCAAAGUUAUAUCCAGGUUAAAUUUUUUUUACCUACACCUGUAGGUUGAUUCUCAACUUCCUUUGUCUCCUAGCCCUAAUCCAUGAAUAAUUAGGGCUAGGGACAUGGAAAGGGAUAGAGAAUCAACUUUUGACCUGUUACAUAUACUGUACAGUCAACUCCUUCUAUAGCAGACACUGUAGGGACGUCGAAGUAGUAUCCUCAUUAGCCAGAGUCCGUAAUAGCGGGAGUUUAUUUCAGUUAAAUGUCUGUAAUUUGUUUUUGCCCGGGAUGUAGCUGCUGUCUGUCUUAUCAAGGUGCCCAUUAUGACUGGGUGUCUGCUAGGCAACAGCUGACUGUAUUCCACGAUUAUUGACUGUUUUGCAGUAUAGAUUCAUCGCAUUCUUGUUUGACUUUUGUGACCUUCUGUCUUUUGUCUGUCGUUCGUAAGCAAUAUUGCUUCAAAAACAAUAUAACUACAGUUGACUCCCAAUCACUCAAACCUUCUAGGGAAAUAGAAAAAAGUUUGAGUUGUUGGGAGUUUGAAGCAAAUAACCACAAAUAAGGAACUAAAAAAAAUGAUGGAGAGGGGAUGCAAGUAUCAUGCACACUUUACUUCAAGGGAUGCAAGAGAUAUAGAUUGAUGUUUUGAAAAAGGAAUUAAGCGGCAAAGCUUGAUUAAUAUAGAGGAAUGGACACUGAAUUAGAACUGGAAAUUGACACGGUUGCUUCAGAAAUAAACUUAAUGUUUUUCCUUAACUUGUCACAAUGUUAAAGCAUGGUUCAAGUUAUCGAGGGUAAAAUCAUACAGAAAUUGUCUGAAGGGAAACAAAAAUUAUUUUGAAUUAGUGGUUUGAGUUAGUGCGAGGUUUGAGUUAGCGAGGAUUCGAGUUAUGGGAAGUUAACUGUACUACAUUGAACAAACAAAGCUCCUAACCAGAUUCCGGAGAGAUUUUACAUCAUCAGUAUGGAAUUUUUGUUGCUGAGGCGCAGACAUCCCCUCUGGCAAAAUAUCCCUCACAGCAAGGAGUAAGGAGAGACGGCUGUUGUCGGCUAGUCAGAAGGGAGCUGAAAAAAGGGUCCCAAGUGACUUCAAAUAAAAUUAAUUUCUACAUUAUUAACCCUAAAAAUUACCUCGUAUUUUAAUAUUAUUAUUGUUGUUUUAAAAGAGCAGAAGCAGAGCUUUUAUUACGGGCCGUAACCCGUAACACCUGUGACAGCUGAGGCCACUUGAUGUUUCAGGUGGUCAGUGUACGUGAAAGGCUAACGGUGACCCUGUAAAUGUCUGUGAGUUGUUAUGGGUGAAUCCCAAUUUGCUUAGCUGCAUCAAAACUUUAUGACAGCCCUGAGAAGGAAUUUCGCAAAAUAUCAAGAGUCACUUGGGCCCUUCAGAUAUUACUGGCUGUGAUAACUAGUUAAGUUAGAAUUGUGGACUUUAGUUUUUGUCCAUAAAUAAGGUUAAAGGCAAAAUAUAUGUCACAGGUAAAAUCUAAAUUUUGAUUUCAUUUUUUAACCAAAGUUGAUUCUCAAUUUCGUUUGCCUCUCCUUACCUUAAUUCACAAAUGAUAGGAGCUAGGAGACAAACUAAAUGAAAUUGAGAAGCAACCUGUAUUUAAUUUUGAACUGUAAUAUGCAUGAUUUGUCAGUAGCAAGCAGUAUUAUAUAAUAAUGUUUUUAAUUUUCGUCAUAAUGACACCAUGUUUAUAGAUGAUUAUACUGCUGAUACAUGUAGCUAUGUUUAAUAUUUUUUUUGUUGUGGUACUGAUCCAUCAACUUUGAAGGACACCUUGAUCCACUUUAGUUACCUGCCAACGUUUUCUGAGUCAAAUAUGUGAGGUUUUUGUCUUGUUGUUUGAACAUUUCCAACAAUACUAUUUUAUUUUUGAACAUUGCCAAAAAUGUCCAAGGAUGUUCCAACGACCUUUGAGCACUUUCAAAGCAAUUUCAUUGGAUAAAGUUAAGUGCCAUUUUGGAAUAUUUUCGGGAAUAUUGAAUUUAAUUUUUUCUUAUUAAUCAUUUGUUAAAGAACAAUUUGUCCAGAUUUUUGAGUCAGACAUGAGAAGUUGCCCUUGAAGGAGAUUAAUGUUGUCAGCCCAUAAGCAUGAGAUUAAUGCAUACAUGUGUAAGGCGUGAUUCACGUAUUUUUAGUUACUUGCUAUUUUCACUGACUGACUGUGUUAUUUUAGGGAUUAGCACUGAAGUACACUUUGGAAAUGACAAAUGGUGAUGGCUGGGGUAAACACUUCUCAGCUGAUGAGAGAUGUAUGUAUUGGUUAUUAGCUCACCCAUAUUUUUUUAAUAUAUAUGAAAUGCUAUUUAAAACUGCCAAUAGUUAUAAGUUACAAAGUAGAAAACUAUGCUUUCUGUUGAGAUUCAGGGGGUGAGAUGUGGGAGGGUGUAGUGCAAAAUAGAGAGUCUCCAGAUUUUAGAUCCCCAGAGAUUGGCAUCUCUGUAAGGCAGAAGCUGGAUUGUCCUGGGUUGUAAUGGAUUCAAAUCCCUGACCCUGCUUGUAAACAACCAACUGGUAAAUCGCCUAAACCAGAUGGGAUCCUUAGCCUUGUUUUGUUUCUGCAUCAGUGAUUUCCUAGGUCCACUGGCCUUAAUGCCACAAAAGUUGCCAAUGGGGAAUACAGAUUAUCUCUAUAUUAUAACAUUAUUUUUAUCAAUGAAAUAUCUUUCUAAUGACUGUUUUUCUUUUCUUUUUUUUUAAACAGAUAUUCUUAUUAUGGAUGCAGUUUUCUUUGGUGCAUUUAUGUUAAUGUGGCUUCUUUCUGUCUAUGUAGCAAGUAAGCACCUAUUGUAACCUUUUAACAAAAUGUCACUUUCACCAAGACAUAAUGAGAAUGUUGCUUUUUUUAUUCUUUGACAUACCCACUUUAUAUCAUAGUCAAUUGACAGCUGUCAAAAUGAGGUAUCUGCUAAGCAGUAUUAUUGGCUGUAAUAUGGGCUCAGGUCCACAAGCCAUUCACCACUUUCGAAACAAGAAGGAAGCAAAGCCUUCUGGGGCUGUUAGUGGGGACAGGGAAAACAAAUUGGUCAAUAGCACGUCCUUAGAAACAGUCCUAGAUGUCUUUGCGAAAGCUGACUCCGCCCAAGUUUCCUUCUCAUUUUUAGAAAGGUGAAUUGAGGUUGCACAUUUUGGAAAGUUUUCGGCUGACUACUGUAUAAAUUUUAUUGAAUUAAAGGGCUCAAGUUUGUCACUGUUUUGUGUUAAGUGACAGAAGUGCAAUGGUACCUCAUUGCUUUAUUAUAAAGUGUUCAUAUGUUACAUGUAAGUAACAUUAUUGUUACACUGCAUUUGUCUGUUGCAGAUUUACUUUCAGCGCGGAGACUUUUUCACUUUUCAUACAAGUUAUUUAUGGCUUCAAUUUCAUUUGAAGGUGAGUAGAACUUAGUGUAUUUACAAUGAAACCUCUAUAAAUGCAGUCACACAUUUUAUGUUAUUAAAGACUCUUACCCUCUGGGUUUGAUUAUCCUGGCUACAUUUCACAUUUUCAUGCAGUAAUUAUAUAGUACAUUUAAUUUUUGUAAGCCUUUUGACACUCAAAGUGACAGUGGGUUGAAUGUCACAAGUCGAGAAAAAGUAAAAUGUUGUCGGCAAAUAGUAAUUCUUCCAGCCAGAGUAAAUUUUGUCACAUCCCUACUAAGACAUUUGCCAUCUAGGUUCAUUAUCAAAUUUAAUUUAUUGCUAUUAAUUUUUCUUUUGUCAGUCAUAAGCUUGAUUUUCUACAUGAUAUACUAUGACAUGUUUAGAAGAAGUGGAACAGAGACAUAUGGCUGGAAAGUUGCAGGUAGGUCUGUUUUACCCUUAUUAGACCCUUUGUAGUAACUGAGGUUUGAAUGCAUGGGAUGGAUAAAAGGUAUUUAUUACCCAAGGGAUUUAUGAGCAGGCUGUCAUGUUACUUAUGGUCUUUUGCUUUAUGGUUUGUUUAUAAAAUUCAUGGUUUGUUGUGGGGCUGGUUCUUCAAUAUAUUUGAAGUUACCAGCCAUGCUGCUUUCAUUCCCUUUACUCGACAAAAUGCAAAAAAAAAACUGUCCAAAAGUUGGCUCCACAAUUUGCUUCCCCAGAGAGGACUUAAGCCUUGCAUUAUUUUUCUUUCCUGCCUACGGUUUUUUCCUUUCUUUCUCCUUUUUUUGCCUCAAACCAUAAAUCUACCCUGUCCUUGUUUUAAGAAUUCAAAUCAAAACUAAAAAGUAUACUAUGGGUAUUUGGUCUGUUUCUGAUCACUGACAAUCUCAUUUGGGCAUGAAUUGAGAUUAUUAAAUUCUUGUGAUACUAACACUUAAAACACAUCAAAAGUGCUUGUUUUAAUAUAUAUAUCUUGAUAAAUUUCCUUUAAGGUCGUGGAAGUCAUUUCAUUUCACAUGUAGUAUUUCUUGUCAUGUUAAUUUUGAUGGCAAAAGGGUGGACUGUUACAAGGUUGGUAAAAUCUUGGAGGAUUGAACCAUAAAGUUUAUUAACUCUUAUGAUAUUGAUUAAUCAACGUACAAUGAAUGAUAUAUUUAUGAAGGUGAAAAAUAAGGCAAAGAAUUAGGAAUUUUAAUAUAAUCUAGUUUAUUGACCAAAAAAUAUAAAACAUUUCUUUGUUGAACUGGCCAAUAAGCCCCCUCCCCCAUUUUCAAGCCCAUCUACCUCUAAAUAAAAAAAUACAUGCAGUUAUAAGCCCCCCUCAAGCUUGUAUUGAAAUGAAUUCGACUUUUUAGGGUGUUUUGAAGCUUAACAAAGUGAUCAAAUUCAAAAAGUAUUUUGAUAAGCACUGCUACGUACCUUGCUUUGAAACACUUUUUUUAGUCUGGUUAUUAGCCCCCAACCCCCCCCCCCCCCCCCCUUUUCAACCCCCCCAAAAACCCCCCCACAGCUUUUUUAAACCCUGUCGUUUAGUCAGGGCCCUUGUAAAAUUGCGCGAAAAAAAAAUAAAUUUUCACGGGUUUUGGGGGGGAAAAAAGCAGGAAAAAAACGUGAGAUGUCGGGGGAUUUUGAAGAUAUUUUUUUGAUAAGCACUGCUACGUACCUUGCUUUGAAACCCUUUUUUUAGUCUGGUUAUUAGCCCCCCACCCCCCCCCCUCCCCCCAUUACAAACCCUCCUAAAAACCCUUACAGAGUUGUAUAAACCUAUGGCUUAUAGUCAGGGCUUCUGAUAAUUCGCGGAAAAAAAAGUCAUAUUUCACGGGAUUUUGGGGGACAAAAUCGCGGAAAAAUCGGUCGAUUUCGCGGGAAUUUUCAGGGUAAACUUGGCCGGAAAGCAAUCGGUAAACAAACGGCAGAUUUUGUGGUUAUUUUCAGGGCAAAUUUCGCAAGAAAGCGAUCGGUUUUGCGCUGAUCAGACCAGCGUUUUAAAUGUUUUUCUAACAGAGGACAUCACUUGCUCUUUCAACAACAAUACACACUAGAAAUGAACCAAUGGCAAAGCCUUUAACAUCAUUUCUAGUACCCAGUUUUUCGCCACAUAAUCUACACCAGGCCUGAGUUGUUAAAACGUUGGAUAGCGCUAUCCACUGGAUAAAUCACUAUCCAGGGGAUAAGUAUUGGGGAUUAUUGCACUAUCCACUGGAUAGAGAUUUAUCUGAUGGAUAGCGCUAUCCAGCCUUUGAACCACCGAGGCUUGGUAGUUUCGGAACGUUGUUCAUAAAUUUGCGAGCUUACGGCAAGUAAAUACCCCCAGUAGCUGAGACAAGUUUCAAAAUUGCUGUACAGACAUGUAUUUGAUAAGAUUUCUUCCAAAUUUCACGGUAUUUUACGUGUUUUUGUGAAUUUUGCGGCUCCGUGACCGCGCGAAACAUCAGAAGCCCUCUAUAAUCAGAAGUUUACUGUAUUGCAAUAAUACUUUAAUUUUGCUUUAUGUAUUUAUUUAUUCACUGGUUACUUAAUAUGUAUUUCGCUGAACCAUCUUGUGCAUAUGAACACAUUUACAGGAAAUAUAUGCAUUAUUAUUAUUAUUAUUGUUAUUAUUAUAUAUUACUUUUAUUGUUGUUGUUGUUAAAACAAGUGGAUCUCUUAUACUUCAGUAUCUGAGUGCUGCAUUUAGUUCAUAGAUUCUUUGAACAUGAUCAAAAUCAGUUUAAUCUGAGGUUGAAAAAUUUUAAGGGUGUCAGCCAUCUUUCUCAACACUGAUCAUGUCAAUAAGUGUUAAUCACCACAAUUAAGCACGCAAUGUAUUAGGGUAAAAUCUUACCGUGAUUGGUCUGAUGAUUUACUUUGCAGAGGACGUAUCAGUUCGUCUGGUCAAAUCAAACUAAGUGUCUUCGGUACAGUGUACGCAGUGUGUUUCGCCAUUCUCUUCUUCUAUGAAGCAUCUGUAAGUAUUACGUGAUCAAUGUUAGUUCAAAUGAAAAGUUGGGCAGAAUUAUUGUUACACUAGCACCUCAUAAUAAUCAUUUUAAAUUGAUUAACAAUUUACAUGAUAGAUGAGAAAUAAGUAGCAUUUAUAUUAAGGCUGCUAAUGAUCUUUUUUUUUUGUAAGGACUGAUUUCAAACUAUAAGUUGUCAUUUUGUUUGAGCAAGUUGGACAAAAAUGUAGUCAGUCAUCAUUUGUCUUGAACUUUUCUCCCACCAUUUUUAUUAUGCCUGAUUCUCAAUUACAGAAAAUUAUAUAAGGCUUGUGAGGAAGUUAUAAUAAUUAUGUUUAAAAAUCGCCCAAGACUGAUUUUAUAUCCCUGUUUAAAGUGGUGAAGUUAUUGAUGAUUUGACCUGGUUGCCACUCAUUGGACAUAGGCAAAUUUUUGGCAGCAAUUGUCCAAUGACUGACUGUCAUUAGUUCACAACCUUGCAUACAGAAGGUUCCUUAAUAUUUUAACUAUCGCUGACUAAUUUGGGAAUUUAGAAAAUAUUAUCCAUACACCGUUGAGAAGCAAGAAUGAGACUGUUUCCCAACAUUUGGGAACCAAAACAUAGCAGACGUUCAAGGGGGUGACCAGCAACAACAUUUAUUGACCUACUAGAGAGUGACACCAGUCUUUCAAGGAAGGAUCUUGCAUCUGUCAUUGCCAACAGAUGGGAAUGGGAGUGAUUUCAGUGCAGGUGCGCCUGAAAUUGAUAGAUAGAUCCAUACACUACAGAGAAUAUAAUUCAGACUCUUAACAAUCCCAGGAGAGAAUGUUGGAAUUCCUUUACCCUUUGUGGACCAUUAGUCUUUCACAGACAAAAUGGUUAGUAUUUUCUAUGGGUAGAGGGGUGAGCAAAUCUUCACAUGGGAGGGGUAAGGGUUAGUGUAAUGCAUUAGAGAUAUUUUAGGAACAACACAAAUUCUACUAGUAAUAAUAAAAAUGGUCGAGAAUUUGUGGCAAAUACAUAAAGAACUUCACUGUGGCCAUGGCUUGCAUAAAAUUUUGAACACUAAUGCUUUGAAGUUCGCAUAGAAGAAGAAAGCACCCUUGUGCACAUACACAGUAAUAAUAUAUUGCUAGAAAAAAUAAGCACCUACAUUCUCUGCUCAUCCGAAAUUUUGCUAUUCAUCUUUUCUUUCUCUGCUGAACUCUUUGCUAUUUUCCCCCAAAUUAAAAGGUUUUUGACCCUGGGCAAGUUCUGUAUAUCUAUGAGAGUGCAGCAGGAAUUGGGAUCUGUGUGCUGAGAGUCAUCGUGAGUAUUUUUAGUCAUAUAUUUGCAAUUUUUAUAACUCCUGAUAAUGUUGGUUGAUUCAUAGUGUAGUUUAAUAAUAUUAUUAUAAUUUGUAUGAGCUCAACUAUAUACAAAAGUGUUAAGAAUCAAUAAUAUUAGGCCCAGUUCAGAUGUUGUGCUUCUGCCGUGACGAACUAAAUUCAGGAAUUAAGUUUGACAAAAGCACAGCAGAAGCACGGCGUCUGAAUCAAACUUUUGAAUUAAGUUCGGCAAGCAAUUAAGUUCGACAAGCGCUGCCAUUCUACACGGCUCUGGCACAGCAGCGAUUCAAAUGUCGUGCUUCUGCCGCGCUAAACAAAAUUCAUAAAUUAUAUUAAUGUAUUUUGGCGAGAUUGCGUUCCCAGGGAGAGUUGGGAGAAGAAUAAUAUUGUUAUGAGGCAUCAGUAAUACCUGAAUUUGGUUCGACUCUGGCACGACGUCUGAAUCAAAGUUGUUUUCCUGCCGUGCUACAGUUGAACCAAAUUACAAUUAAGUUCGGCACGGCAGAAGCAUGACGUCUGAACUGGGCCUUAUAUUAUUUAACAAGGAAGAAAUUCUUCUUUUAUUAGAUGACACCUUUUAGCAGAGGCAUUCUAGACUCUAUUAGAGUCAUUGCAAAUUGAAGUUUACAAAAGUACUUGUAACUUAAAACUCACCAAAACAGCUUCAAUGUGGACCCAGAAGCAAACAUACACAUCAGUAAUUUAAUUUAGCCAACUAUGCAGAUGUCAGCAGUGCAAAGGACUUUGAAAAUAAUACUUAAAUCAAUGCCACACAAUGGUGUCACAUGGUUAAUGAAAGGUGGAUCCACUUGGGCCCUACUCUGCAAGCAGAGGCUACAUUUUCGCUGUGUGAGCUGGCUUGCGAAAAGUAGCCUCUGCCAACAACUGUUCAAAUCUGUCCAGAAAUCUGGACAAAUAAGUUAAAAAAAUGUUUUUUUUUCUGUUCUUGACCAGUUUAGAGCGUUGCGUGAGUCUUGUGUUAGUCUUGUGUAGCAGAUCAGAGUUGUGUCAAUUUUUUUUACUCUCAUGAAACUCACACCAUUAGACGACAGACCUGAAGAUUAAUUUUGCUUGUGAAUCGCGUGACAAAUUUCGCACAUGCACGACAGAAAAUUGAACGGUUGUCGGCAGACGCUACUUUUCGCAUGACAGCUCACACUGAAAAUGAUUGUAGCCUCUGCUCGCGGGGUACUUGGGCCCUUUUGUGCAGUUGAGUUGUGAGUGAUAAAACAUGUAAGGGUUCCAACAUUUUUCCUAUACUAAAAGUAUUAAUUUAUUACAUUCUAUACUAAAAGUAAUCAUUUAUUACAUUAUUUAUCAUUGAUAAAAAUGCCAGUAUUGUGAUCAAUCUAAAUUGACUUUUUAUUUCAGGCAUGGCUAUGGUUCUGCUAUGGAACAUUUUUCACACUGAAGCAUUUUCCUAAUAAGUGUGGCUUUUACUAUCCAUUCUGGUUUUUCUACACUGGAUGGUAAGCUAUCCAAAUGUAUUUGUUUUUUGUACAAUAGUAAAUAUUAAUAAUAAUUUUCAUUAUAGUAUAUAUGCAUGCAUGAAACAAAAAUGCUAAUAUUUUCACCACAUUCAAUAAUUAAUCUAAAAUUGUUUCUUUAUGUUCAACUACACAUAAUGUUGCAUCCCUCUGACUCUUACUAUCAAAUUAAGCUAAGUCAAUUCUAAACUUGGCAUGGUAUAGUUUUUUUUUAACUAAAAACCUCUUUUCAGGUUUCUUGCUGGACCAAUUGUUGUUGUAAUAGCAACAUUUAAGAUACCAAAGUGGGAAAGGUGAGUUGAAAUUUCAUAUACUCAAUAUAACCAUCAUGAUAAUGAGGGGAAAAUAACCUUUUGUCAGUAAAAUAAUUUAUUGUCAAAGUUGUUUAUAUAGUGGAGAAUUUGCAAGUCAAGUUUUAAUUUUGACUUCAUCUAAAAUAAGAAAAAAAAUUAUGUAAAAGCUUACUUUUAAAGAUAGCCACUCUCAUUUUACGAUUUGUUUUAUAACUUUAUGCUCAACAAAGUAACCAUAUUUACAAUUGAAAUAUGUACAUGUACUUUUUGUUCAGAGCUCAAGUUGUCAAUGGCAUUGAUUGGACCAUUUCGUUCCUAGCACACUUUGCUUUCUUGGUAAGUUAAGGUGGCUGAAAUACACAAUUAUACUAAUAAAAGCUUUUUAAAAUUUCUCUAGACAAAGGUCAAGAGUGCCAUCCUUGUCUGGUGUUGGGUGUGCUUUGCAUAUUUUGUCAGUCAAUUAUACGUUUUGUUUUCUAUUGUUUCAAUUUCAUUAUCAUUCAUUGCCAUAUAACACCCAAAAGGGGAAAAUAAAAUAAUACCAAGGGAGAAAAAAAUAUAUUUUUACUCUAUCUCUUUCAGGCACCAGUUUAGCUGCCCCCACUAUUGACGUUUUUUAUCUGUUAGAAAAUUGAUAACCUUUUAACACUGCCAGAACACUACAAGCAAUUCUUACAUUACUUUUUUCAUUUUAGGUUAUAACAAGACCUUCUGCUGCAAACAGUAAUUUUCCAUUUCAUUUGAGAACCAACCAGGUAAAAAAACUUUCAUUAGAAUUUAUCAGCCCUAGUAGUCCUAUAUCCAUCAAAAACCAUUUCAGACUGAGGGGUUGGGAGGAGGGGUACAGGAGGGUAAAUCUCCCUCCUCCCUUUUUUUAAGCCAAUUCCUCCCUAUUUUGGGGGGUAAUUUCUCCCUUUCUGCCAAAAUAUUCUGUGCCAGCAAUGAAAAUGUUUUGUUGGUGUUUAGCUUAGCUGAUUGUACCUUGCAAAAGCAACUCUUGACUCAGGAAAAUUGGAUCUAGGUUUGAAUUCAGUGGGUUCUAAUGUCUUUGAGCCAUAGGCCGGUUUUUGCAGAUAAGUAAGUGAUAAUUUGUGGACUAUGUUUUGCUCAGUUUGUUGUCUAUUCCAUGCAAAAUCCUGUUUUUUAUCAGACCGCGGAAAAAGUGGUGUUUUGCUAAUUGGCUGCAGUUCACGCUACUUGAAAAUUUCUAGACUGAAAUGACACCAGUUUGAAACUUCGCGGAGUGAGAUUACUGAAUAAAUGUUGUAAAAUUUGUGUCAUUUUAAAUUUGGACUCGUUGAAAUGCUUCCAUAGGGACCAAAAACUUACUGCCCAGUGUCAGAUAAAGGCUUUUAAGCAGCCUUUGAAUGAUUUUUUAUUGUUUUAAAUUGCCAAGUAGUAGAAUGAGUUAAUUUUUUGCUAACCCAGUUUUCAAAAAUCUAGGUAUAAAUAUAACCUGAAGAAUACACAACUGUCAAUACAGUAGGAAGUGAAAAACAUUUAGCGAGGAAAUACUGUUUCGUGUAGAAUUAAUCGCCUCCUCAUUCUUAUCUAAUUUCCAAUUGCAAGCAAGUGAGAUUUACAGCUUUUAAGAGCGUUCUUUUCUAAUUUUUUUAAAUUUAAGUUUUUUCUAUUUUUCUCUAGUCUUCCUUAUUAGCUUUUUUUUUUUUUAUGAGUGCAACCACUGCUCAUCUUCACUCAUUUCUAACAGCAAACAUAUUGUUCUUUGUGCAAAAUUUUGUUAAGAGUACAAAUAAACUGAACUUGAACUUCAGAUGUUCUCAUAAAGUAGUGCUGAAUAUGUUGCGCAUGAAUGGCUACUGUAAAGAAUGGACUAGAAGACCCUUGUAUAAUACAUGUGGGAGCAAGGGUGGGGCAGUGGUGAAAGCACUUGCCUCUAAUGUGCCUGGGUUCAAAUCCUGGCAUUGAGGCCGUAAGAUAACUAUGUGGGUUGAGUUUGUUUGUUGGUUCUCUCCCUUGCUCUGAGAGGGUUUUCUCCGGGUACUCUGCUUUCCCCCUCUCCUAAAACAAAACAACACUUCCAAAUUCCAAUUUAAUCUGGAACACAUGGACACAUUUCAGUGAGUUCCUAUGAACUUGUAAGUGCUCUGCGGGUAAACAAAUUACAAUCAUUACAAAUCCAAUGGACUACUUCAAUCCUUUUAGAUUGGCAUCCAAGAGAACCUUCCCGCCGCAAGACCUGCAGAGAAUGGCACAGCCUACUACACCCCGCCGCCCCCAAAUGCACCACCGCCAUACUACUCACAACAAGAAGGUCACUUCACUGAUAUCACAUCUAUGUUUUUGGGAAAUGGAAUAGCAAAUGGCAACAAGGUAGGAUUUGUUAAAUCACAGUUUUUUCCCCAUUACAGUUGAAUCUUCAUUAAGCAGCGGUCCCCUGGGUACUGUGAAGUGGCCGCUUAAUUAGUGAUGGAGACUGCUGGCCAGCAUUGUGUCAUGUUUAAUGUCACCUCACCAUUCUUAAGCUUGACCACCCACCCCUCCCCUAAGUCAACAUAAUAAUUUGCUUCCCACUUAGGGCAAACUGUUGGCUUAGGGGAGGGGUGGGUGGGUGGGCAGUUUCCCAGAAACCUUAAUUCAUCCGCUCUUUUUGGUGAAGCUUUGCCUGAAUACUUGCAGCUGCCUAGGCACAAUCCCCUACAUACACUGCGCUAUAAUGAGCCUGUAAUAAAAAUUUCUUUAGUUUAGGGUUCUUUCUGGGACUCGUUAGCGACUUUAUUUGGUGCCCUACCCACAAAUGUACGACAGAGUCCAGACUUUAAUACUUUUAAAAUAAAUUGUUUUACAAUUUUAAUGAGUUAAGGGGCAACGUGCACCUAAGUUUAACCUCAUAAGUUGUCUUGAUAAGACUGUUUCUUAGUUAUGGUUACUCACUGUAUUUAUAGCAUUUAGAUUUUACAGUUUUAACAGUUCUUAAGUGCAUUGUGUAGAUUAACUUGGAUCCAGUUUUUUUUUAAGAAUUAUUUAUAGCUUUUAGUAGUUUUUGAGUAACAUUUUUUUAGUUAGUAUGACAGAUGUAAAGCUACCAUGUAGAAAAACUGUCAAUAAAUAAUUGUUGUUGUUGUUAUUAUUAUUGUUGUUGUUGUUGUUACAUUUAGCCACAUUGUAUUUAAGUCUGUGACUAGUGCCGUCAAACCCCCACCAUACAUCCAGAUUAAUUUGUCAUAGUAUGCACAGAGAUGAAUUGUUUUGCCCUCCCACAUUACUAGUGCAUCUUAUAUCAGCAGUAUUUGUGUGCUCAAUAAAACGUUUUUUUUACUGAUUCUGCAGCCAGUCAGUUCACCUAUGAAUGGAGUGCAUAAUGGCACAGCCAAUGGCUACCCCAUGAUACCACAGUCAUCUCAAUCAGUUCCCUCAGCAAGAUCAUAA